AUGGCUACAAUUACACCGUCGCAAGACUCGGAGUCCUUCCAGAUAAUUUCCUCUCUUCGCUACGAACCUGCGCUUCCUGAGUUGCUUAGAACACAACCCACCGAUGCCUACCCAGAUCCCCUGCGAUCACCUUACUACCUUCUCCCCUAUCAUCAGGAACGACUUCUAAAAGCUGCAGAAUGUUUCGGCUGGAGCAAAGCGGCUACGUUCCUGCAACAAGACGUCGAGUCCUUCGCCGAACACCUCAACAGCUUCAUACCAGACCGGACGAAACCUUGGCGUCUGCGCAUUGUCAUUGACAGGGAUGGCACAUGCACCGUCGAGGUCAACGCAGCCCUGCCAAUUGAUCCGCUGAGCCUUCUCCUGCCUUCCGAAAUGAAUCAGACCACGCCCUGGCUUGUCACGGUAGACUCUCAAAGAACUGUGCCGUCACCCUUCACAACGCAUAAGACCACCUCCCGAGACCAUUACACUGCUGCGCGACUUCGAGCCAAGAUCACCUCCCCACAAGAUCCGGCUGAAGUGUUAAUUGUGAACCCUCACGGGCAAAUUAUGGAGGGUAGCAUAACGACUGCAUAUUUCAGACGACGGAAGUCCGCAUCAACACAAGUAAAGCUUAAUCAAGAGGAUGCCGGGCCGGCUUGGAUCACGCCACCUCUUUCCAGUGGAGGUAAUGCGGGUACAACAAGGCGAUAUGCGUUGGCUCGAGGAUUCUGCUCCGAACAGGCGAUCACCGUCGCCGAGCUGAUCGACGGUGAAGAGUGUUGGCUCAGUAAUGGUGUGAGAGGAUUUUUCCGAGGUAGAAUCCUGCUGGACGAGCCUAAACCAUGA